AGAACAAUGUGUUCUUGUUGCGUAUGACAUGGGGAGAAAAUGUGGAAACCGAGGCUUCAAACCGUAAGAAGGACGACGCUGGUGCUGGCCGCUGCUAAUUUGGUGGUGUUCAUAGUCGGCACCGCUCUCCUCGUUGUUUCAUCCUCAGGUUGUGACCUUAUAAACCUUUUCCCAAUCGGAGCUGUUUCCUUCGCUGCCGCCGUUAAGAUCGCCACCAUGAUCAAGACCGGCAUUGCGCAGCUCGUUAUCGCUGAAGCCAUCACCGAUUCUCCGUUGCAGACCGAAGUCGUUGACGCCGCUCUCCGCCACCAUAGACGGAUGAGAUACAAGACAUGGGUUUGUUGGAGCCGGUUUGGAUUUCUAGUUACAGCUCUGCAAUUUUUGGGGGCCGCUUACCUUAUGUUCCAUGUUGUUGAAAAUGUUUCCCGUGAUGGAUUGCCCAGGGACUGUUUGUUAGGAAUUUCAAAUGGUAGCAGAUGGAAGGCAAAAUUGCUGCCUUUGUUAAUGUUCAUGGUCUGUUUUGUUGCAGUAGUGCAAUGUUUUACAGGCUCUGAUGUUCUAAGGUGGAGAUCUUUUUAUGCAACUGAAGAUGAUGUAUGGAAAGCUCACUAUCAUGAAGUAUUUGAUCAUGGCAUUCGGGAGGCUUUAUGCUGUCUGGGACGCAUCCAAUACUUGAGUGUGGCUGAGGAAGAUGAAGUGUACUCAGUAGCACGAUUAUUGGGUGAUCUAGUUGCUUAUCGUGCAACAGGCACUGGUCAUUUAGAACUUUUAGCAGGUUUAGCUUUGCUGCAGAGGAAUAACCGACCCACCACAUCCUAUGAAGGGUUUAUAGAGGCACCUGAAGAACACCUAGUGGGGGCUGCUACCUUCCACAAAUUUGCGGAAGCUGCCUACACGGGACCCUUACUUGAUUUAGGGAGAAAUCCUAUGUUAUUUCCAUGUGCAUGGAUUUCUAGGCAAGGGAUUUUGACUCCUUGGACUCGUAACAGGCAGCCCAUACUUGAUGGUGAUAACUGGUGGCGAGGUCAUGCAGCAGCCUUUUUAAAUUUUGUUAAUUUACCACCGGAUGUUCUUCGAAGAGGUCGUGUUUGCCAGGAAAAAUGUGAGGCUGCAUACUUUGUUGUUGUUUUACAUCAACUUAGGUGUGUGGUGAUUGCCGUCCGGGGAACAGAGACCCCUGAAGACCUCAUAACUGAUGGUUUAGGCAAGGCAUGUCCUCUUUCUGCAGCAGAUUUGGAUGGGUUAAUAAAAGAUAGUCACAAUAACCCUAAGAUGAAGCAUCGCGUGGAAUCAUCUUUCCCACGUUAUGGACAUUUGGGUAUAGUGGAAGCUGCAAGGGACCUUUUCAUGCAAAUUGAAGGAAAUCAUGGAAACAAAGAAAUAAGAAAAACACAAAAAAACCCUAAUGGGGCCAGCCUUAUUAGCCGGCCACCACCACAGCAGCACCCAUCCUUCGUAUCUUGGAAAGUAGGCAUGCUUCUGCUCCACCUAGACAGCCUUCAUAGCCAAAAAACACCCAGCCGCCUUCUGGUUUUGCAAGAUUUGUUUUUCGGCCGCCAUUACCUGUUUUGCUGCAAUUCGUCUGUUUUCAAGCCUUUGUCUAGCCACAAACAAUACCUCUAGCCGUUGCCCUCUGC